AUGGGUAACGAUGGAGGAUCCAUCCCCAAACGCCGCGAGCUGGUCAAGGAAUCCGCCCGCGCCCUCACAGUCAGCGAGCUAAAGGCAAACGCUCUCGAGUCCCUUGGCCACGCGUGGAGCAACGAUCCUUUGUCAAAUCAGCCACUCGACAAGGAAAAUGUCGUGUCAGAUUGGCGCGGCCGUCUAUACAACUACGAAUCUAUUCUCCAAGGCCUCAUGCCAUCCAACGACAGCACCGACUCGCCACCGUCCAACCCCGAAUCCCAAGAACUCACAUUUACGUCUACCGGUAUCAAGUCAUUGCGCGAUAUUGUCAAGCUCAAGUUCCACAAGCAUACACCACCAGGCACCAAGAAGGAUACCUGGGUCUGCCCUAUUUCUCUCAAGGAGCUUGGCCCCCAAGUCAAGUCCGUCUAUCUGGUACCAUGCGGUCAUGUAUUUGCCGAGGUUGCUAUCAAAGAGAUUCAAGAGUCAGCAUGUCCCGAGUGCAGUGAGGAGUUUGAAAGCGAGAACGUGGUGCCGAUCCUGCCAACCGAGGAGCGAGAACUCAGGAAACUGGUGCAAAGGAUGGACGAUUUGACCGCUGCUGGCUUUACACACGGCUUGAAGAAGGAUAAAAAGGCUGGAGGCAAAAAGAAGCGCAAAGCAGAAGAUGAUGCCAAGCAAGAUGGAAAUGGCCAAAUGCUCGAGAAGAGGAGAGCUACAGAUGAUGUCAAGGCUGCAAGGAAGGAGAGCAAGAAGAGCAACAUUAACAAUGCCAUGGCUGCAUCAUUAACGGCAAAGGUCUUGGCUGAACAAGAGGAGCUCAGCCGGCGGAGGAAGUUGGCAUCGUCGAAAAGUUGA